UUACCGAUUGCACAUUUGUUUUUUUCCACAUGUUUAGCCGCUUUCCAUUAGAGAGUUUAUGGUAAUCAUUUUCUUUAAUUAAUAGAAUCAGUAAUCUUCUGUAAAAAUGCAGACAAUACGCGAAUUUACUCGCAAAACAAAGCGUGGCAAUAUUCUGAAGAUUGUGCGUGAGCAUUACCUUCGUGAUGAUUUGGGUUGUGGUGCCCAGAUUUGUGAGAACUGUGUACAGGAUGAAACAUCUGUGUCCUUACUUCCUGAACGCGAGGUUAAAAGCAAAUUAUUCCCUUUUCCGCACUAUGUAGUAUUGGAUACAAAUGUGGUACUGAAUCAGAUCGAUGUGUUGGAAGAGGAUGCUAUAUCCAACGUGAUUGUAUUGUCCACGGUACUGAAUGAGGUGAAGCAUAAUAGCAGUGCGGUUUAUAAGCGUUUUCGCGAAGUUGUGCAGCAUAAGCCAAGAGGGUUCUAUGUAUUUGUGAAUGAACACCACAAGGAUACGUACGUUGAGCGUGAGCCCGGUGAGAGUGCUAAUGAUCGUAAUGAUCGCGCUAUACGAAAAGCUACACUCUGGUAUGAUCAACAUAUGGGAGAAGCACAAAAUAGUCGCACUUUCCAAAAGUCUGAUCGCCCGCGUACCAGGGUUGUAAUGCUUACUGACGAUGCCGACAAUAGAGAGCGCGCAGAAAAGGAUGGUAUACUGGUAGCAAACGCUGAGGAGUAUGUAAAGUCUUUAGUUGAUUUUCCUAUGCUGAUUGACAAGUAUGCUCGGAAGAAUUUCGAAAGUGACAAGAAAACAUUGCCAAUCUUCCCUACGCACUUAAGUGUGAACGAAAUACAUGACGGCAUUAAGAUGAAAAAGCUUCUGCAGGGGUCCUUUCAGGCAUCGCGUGAGAAUUACCUUGAGGGUGCUGUUUCGGUUGAAGGUUACGAGCAUCCGGUGCUUAUUCAAGGGCGGGAAGCAUUGAAUCGAGCCGUAGACGCUGAUAUUGUAGCAAUUGAGCUUUUACCUCAAGAAGAGUGGGCUGCACCUAGUGAAAUCGUUUUAGAAGAAGGUGUCGAUGAAGACCCGGGUGAUAACGUAGAACGAACUGAAAAAGAGAAAGUCGUGUUUGAAAAGAACGUAUCUAAAACUGAAGAAAUUCGACCUACGGGGAAAGUGGUAGGUAUUAUACGCCGCAAAUGGCGGCAAUACUGUGGUAUAUUACAACCUAGUCUGCUGGAAAACACAACACGCCACUUGUUCGUUCCUGCUGAUCGUAAAAUUCCACGUAUACGUAUAGAAACGCGUCAGGCGGAACAACUGCAGAAUAAACGCAUAAUCGUUGCAAUAGAUUCAUGGCCGCGUACUUCUCGAUAUCCGCAUGGUCACUUUGUCCGCAGCCUUGGUCCGUUAGGUGAUAUGAAUACCGAAAAUGAGGUAAUACUGUUGGAGCACGAUGUGCCGCACAGCAAGUUUUCUGAAGAAGUUCUGAGUUUUCUGCCACAAAUGCCAUGGAUUAUUACCCCGGAGGAUUAUGAAAAACGUGUCGAUUUGCGUGACUUGUAUAUUUGCUCUGUGGAUCCACCAGGCUGCACGGAUAUUGAUGACGCGCUCCAUUGCCGCGACCUGCCUAAUGGUCGUUUGGAAGUGGGCGUACAUAUCGCUGAUGUAAGUCACUUCAUUCGUCCCGGCAAUGCGUUGGAUAAUGAGGCUGCAGCUCGUGGCACUACUGUCUAUUUGGUAGGCAAACGUAUUGACAUGGUGCCGGAACUGUUGAGUUCCAAUUUGUGUUCCUUAGUAGGUGGAGAGGAGCGUUUUGCUUUUUCUUGUAUUUGGGAACUAGAUAAUGAGGCUAAUAUUUUAGCGAAACGCUUUCACAAAAGCGUCAUCAAAUCCAAGGCAGCAAUGACAUACGAACAGGCUCAAAUCAUCAUUGAUGAUACCACACAGCAAACUGAAAUCGCCAAAUCGCUUAGAAAUCUCAACAGACUCGCUAAGAUAUUGAAAAAGAGGCGUAUGGAUAACGGCGCUUUAGUGUUGGCUUCACCUGAGAUACGUUUCCAGGUGGAUAGCGAAACACACGAGCCACUCGAAGUAGAGGCGAAACAAGUGCGUGAAACUAAUUCCAUGGUCGAAGAAUUCAUGUUACUGGCUAAUUGCACAGUGGCUGAACACAUUUGCACAGAGUUUCCUGAAUGUGCUAUGUUACGUAGACAUCCGCGUCCAGCACCCAGCAAUUUCGAACCACUCAUAAAAGCUGCGAGUCAUCAAGGCUUCGAAAUUAAAAUUGAUUCGGGGUUGGAAUUGGCUAGCUCAUUGGAUGCAUGUGUGAAGCCAGAUAAUGCAUAUUUUAAUACAAUGAUACGUAUUCUGACGACGCGCUGCAUGAUGCAAGCAGUUUACUUCAUCAGUGGCACUCUACAGCAGGAGGAAUUCUUCCAUUAUGGUUUGGCGACGCCGAUUUAUACGCAUUUUACAUCGCCAAUACGAAGAUACUCUGACAUCAUUGUACAUCGGUUGCUGGCUGCAUCUAUAGGCGCUGAUAGCACAUACGCUGACUUACUCGAUAAGAAAUUAAACGAAGAGUUAUGCCAUAAUCUAAAUUACCGCCACAAAAUGGCACAAUAUGCUGGACGUGCAUCCGUAGCGUUAAAUACGCACUUGUUCUUCCGUGGAAAAACACAGGACGAAGAAGGUUAUGUACUGUUUGUACGCAAAAAUGCAUUACAAGUGCUCAUACCGAAAUUCGGUCUGGAAGGCACGGUGUAUCUGAAUUCCUUAUCCGGCGAUAAAGAGAAUACACCCGGUAGUGUAAUAUUCAAAUUUAACGAAGAGGAUUAUACGCAGCGUUGUGGUGAUGUAAUUUUUCACGCAUUCGAUCCGGUCACUGUACGUUUAAGCUUGGACUCACGCAAUGUUCAACAUGAAAAGCUUGUUUUCCAAUUGGUGAAACCAUACAUAAAGGGCUUUAGCGCAGAGUCGACGGCAGAUAGUGCGAAUGUAGAAAUGUCGGAUGUUUCAGCGGUCAAUCCAACCGAGGAAGCACCACCACAAAAGAAGAGCAAAAAGUCACAAAAAAAGAAGAAAUAAUACUUCAUAUGUAUAACUUUUUUACUAAUAAACGAAAUCCGCACCCAUACUACUUCAGUAUUGUAUUUGUGCAGAAAUAAAACAAAAUUAUGCCGAGUUUAGAGUUUCAUAUAAAUACUCAUAUGUACACUGGUGGAAAAAAUAAUAGAAACAAGAGCGAUUUGCAACUCUUACAGGUAAAUAUUUUUUAACUGAUCGUUCAAUCGAAGUCGCCUUUGCUGUAAAGUACCGCUGUAUAACGCUGUAUACCUUGGCAAAUUGCUUUAAUGCUUGUUCAGCUUCUCAGUGUUUUUUGAACAUUGAACUAUGGCAUACUCGUACUUUUGUGGAAAAAAAUAGAAACAAAUAAAAUUAA